UGCUCCAUCGUGCUACUUAGUACAACGUACUAUACCAAUUACCACUAGAGAAUACACAGCACGUCAGGUUGACGCCAAUGGAGUCGGGGGGAAAAGCACCUUCCGGGCCGCCAAAGGACAAGGAGGCAAAACCGGCGGUGGUGCAGCAGCACCCCAAGCUGCUGAUGGCCGCCCGAAAGGGCCACUGGACACCGCUAAAUGUUCUUAUGGGCGCCACUCCGCCGGUGGUUCAUGCUGUCCCGCCCGGAGGCCUCAUCAACAUCGUCAUCGAUGACGAGGAGGCCGACGUCGUCGAUAAUUCUGCAACGACGAUCACCUUGGACGUGGAGCUGAACAACGUCCUCCAUGUCGUGGCGUCCAGUGGAGACGGUGACGAGUUCCUGGAGAGCGCGAGGGGCAUCUACUGCAAGGCCAAGCACCUCCUGGACGCACGCAACAAGAAGGGCGACACGCCCUUCCAUUGCGCUGCCAGAGCUGGGAUGCUGAAAAUGGUCACUCACCUCAUCUGUCUGGCGAAAGCUGAGGGCGGCGACGACAGGGUGAAGGCAGCACUGAGGAAGCAGAACGAGCAGGGGGAGACGGCUCUCCAUGCGGCCCUCCGCUUGUCAGACAAGGAGACGGUUCGGGCAAUGGUCCACGAGUUAUGGGUCGCGGAUCCAGAACUGACUCGUUUCCCUCUUGCAAGCGGCACGUCGCCACUGUACCUGGCCGUCUCGUUAGGGCGUGAGGAUAUUGCCGAGGGACUGCAUGAGCAGGACCCGGGGCUCUCCUACUCUGGACCAAAUGGACAAAACGUCUUGCAUGUUGCCGUUCUCAGGAGCACAAGUAUGACAAAAAAUCUUCUGAAGUGGAACAAACACCUCAGCAAACAAGGGGAACAAACAAAUGGGAGCACACCUCUACAUUUUGCAGCCUCAUGUGGGUUUCUUGAAACAGUAAAGUGUCUACUAGACGCUGAGGAAUCUCUUGCAUAUCAGUGCGACAACAAGGGGUCAUUCCCCAUACAUGAGGCGGUUAAGGAAAAGCAAGUCAGUGUAGUUUGCACCUUGCUCAAAAUUUGCCCGGAUUGCGCCCAGCUACGUGAUGCCGAGGGCAAGACCUUCCUCCAUGUAGCUGCCAAACAAGGCUACGCAAAACUAUUUCCUCCUGUUUUACAGGUUUUGUUACAAGAAAAGCAGAUGUUUGCAGCCAUCAUGAAUAUGCAGGAUGAUGAUGGCAACACUGGGUUGCACCUUGCUGUCGAGGCCGGAAUUUUAGAAACUGUGUGCUUUUUACUGUGGGACAAGGAAGUUAUGUUAAAUUUAUCAAAUAACGAGAGGGAAACUGCACUGGAUCUUUCACAGCGCAUGCGGACCCCAGGUGUCCUUUUUGGUUUGGGCCGACGGGUUUCGAUCCACAAACUUUUAGUGCAUGCUGAUGCUCAGUACGGUGUUCAUAGUAAAACCCGCAUCCCUGAACUAAAUGAGGAGAAGGAAGAGAAAAGGAUCUCGGAUUCGACACAGACCAUUGGCGUUGUGUCAGCGCUACUCGUGACGAUUUCCUUUGCGGUAGCUUUCACCAUACCCGGAGGCUAUCGAACAGAUGAUGACCCUAAGGUCGAUAAUAUUAAGGGCGGCAUGCCGGUGCUUGUCGCAAGCCACUCUCUUCAGGCAUUCAUUAUCGCCAACAACCUGGCGUUGCUCUGCUCCGCCAUGGCCACCAUCAGCCUCAUGUACGCCGGAGUGACCACUGUCGACAUCAGCAUGCGCAUGAAAGCCUUCGUCAUGUCCAUUUUCUUCCUCAACAGCUCAGCCCGAACGCUGGCCGCGGCGUUUGCGUUGGGCAUGUACGCGACGCUGGUUCCCGCCGCUGGAGCAGCAGUUACUCUUACGGUUAUAGGCACCACUAUUACGCUGCUUGACGUUGCUUGGUUCACGUACAUGACAUCCAAGGAUCAGCUAGUGCUUCGGAAGAGGAUGGGUGUUGGCGUGGCGUUGAAACGGUUUACGCUUUUGGUCCUACGUGGGGCGUUGGCGUGUCUAUGGCCGUACGUCAUAAUCGCCGGUUUCUUAGCCUAUAUUACAUUAUGGAGUAAGUGAAAUUAAUUCAAGAGGGCAUGCUCAACGUGCUACCCUGAUUCAUAGUAAUGAUUUUAUGUUUCCUAGUCUACUUCAGGGACAGUAGUUUUUGGUACUGUAUUUCUUUUCCCCCCGUGUGUGGUGUAGCUAGGUUUGCUCGUCACUUACCCCGCAAAAAAAAAAAAGGUUUGCUCGUCACUUGAUUCUUACUGAUCUAUGUUUGCUCCAGCCUUCAGGGAUGCACAUUGCUUCUUGUAUCACGGGAAGUUCGUAAAUUUUACUCCAUCUGUUUCUAAAUAU